AUGGAGACAUACUUGGAAGCUUUAGAUCUUUGGAAAGCAGUGGAAGAACACUAUGAAAUUCUUGCACUUCCAAACAAUCCCAUCAUCGCACAGAUUAAAGUACAAAAAGAAAAGAAGAUAAGGAAAUCAAAGGCAAAAGCCUGCUUGUUUGCUGCAGUCUCAUCUAUCAUCUUCACUCGUAUCAUGUCUCUGAAGUCAGCAAAAGAGAUAUGGGAUUAUCUCAAGAAUGAAUAUGAAGGAGAUGAAAGAAUUAAAGGGAUGCAAGUCAUUAACUUGAUUAGGGAAUUUGAACUUCAAGGAAUGAAGGACUCCGAGACAAUUAAAGAUUACUCCGAUAGGCUUCUGAUACCUGAAAGAUAUGAAGCAACCAUCACUGUCUUGGAGAAUACAAAUAAUCUGUCAAAAAUUUCCUUAACAGAAUUACUUAACACUUUGCAAGCACAAGAACAAAGAAGACUGAUGAGGGAAGAUACAACAAUUGAAGGAGCUUUGGCAGUCAAGCAUCAAAAUGUGGCCAAAAGCAAAAGAAAGAAGAAAAAAGAUUUUGAAAUAAAUGGGGCAAGUGCUGCAUCAGCCAAUGCAAAAGGAAAGAAUGAAAAUCAAAAGAAAUCUUAUUCACCUUGCCAACGUUGUGGAAAGAAGGGGCAUGAAGCUGUUAUCUGUAAAAAUAAAAAUUUGCAACAUGGUGAAAAUGUAAAGAUUGCUGAUCAAGAGGAGGAGGAUCACCUGUUCGUAGCUACAUGUUUCUCCAGCAUCGAAUCAAGUGAGAGUUGGCUCAUAGAUAGUGGUUGUACUAACCACAUAACACAUGACAAGGAUCUAUUCAGGGAACUAAGCAACGUAAACUCAUUGAAAGUUUGA